AGGAAGGAAAAAAAAAAGAAAAACCCGACUAACUAACUCAAAUGCUAAAAUCCCUGUGAGCGGAUAGAGAGAACGUGGCACUGACAAUGGCGCUGCGUAGGCUCUCUUCUUCCGUGAACAGGCCCGUACGCCACCUUCUCCAUGGCGGCUCUUUCUGUUUCCUGUCUUCUUUGCCCAACGAAGUUGCCUAUGAUAAGGAGAGACCACGCGUUCCGUGGCCUAAACAAUUGAAUGAUCCGCUCGAGGUUAUUGAUCCGGAAAUCGCGAACAUAAUCGAACUCGAGAAGGCCAGGCAAUGGAAGGGCCUCGAGCUCAUACCUUCGGAGAACUUCACUUCCCUUUCCGUGAUGCAAGCAGUUGGAUCUGUUAUGACUAACAAGUAUAGCGAAGGAUAUCCUGGUGCUAGAUACUACGGUGGAAAUGAGUACAUUGACAUGGCUGAAACCUUGUGCCAAAAACGUGCACUGGAAGCAUUUCGUUUGGAUCCAGAAAAAUGGGGAGUAAAUGUCCAAUCUCUAUCUGGCUCUCCAUCAAAUUUUCAAGUUUAUACAGCAUUGUUAAAACCACAUGAACGAAUUAUGGCUCUUGAUCUUCCUCACGGAGGGCAUCUCUCUCAUGGUUACCAGACUGAUACCAAAAAGAUUUCUGCAGUGUCUAUGUUUUUUGAGACAAUGCCAUACAGAUUGGAUGAGAGCACUGGCUAUAUUGACUAUGACCAGUUGGAGAGAAGUGCUACUCUUUUCCGACCCAAGUUAAUAGUUGCUGGUGCUAGUGCUUAUGCACGUCUAUAUGAUUAUGCACGUAUACGCAAGGUCUGUGAUAAACAAAAAGCUAUAAUGUUGGCAGACAUGGCACAUAUCAGUGGACUAGUUGCAGCCGAUGUCAUCCCUUCACCCUUUGAUUAUGCUGAUGUUGUAACCACCACAACUCACAAGUCACUUCGUGGGCCACGUGGAGCCAUGAUUUUCUUCCGGAAAGGGGUGAAGGAGAUAAAUAAACAAGGAAAGGAGGUGUUAUACGACUAUGAAGACAAAAUCAAUCAGGCUGUCUUUCCCGGUCUUCAGGGUGGUCCGCACAACCACACAAUUGCUGGUUUAGCAGUUGCACUGAAACAGGCAUCAACUCCAGAAUACAAAGCGUAUCAAGAGCAAGUUCUUAGCAAUUGUUCAAAAUUUGCACAGUCUCUCGUUGAGAAGGGCUAUGAACUUGUUUCUGGAGGAACUGAGAAUCAUUUAGUUCUAGUAAAUUUGAAGAAUAAGGGUAUUGAUGGGUCAAGAGUUGAAAAGGUGCUGGAAUCGGUUCAUAUCGCAGCCAACAAAAACACUGUUCCUGGAGAUGUCUCAGCUAUGGUUCCUGGUGGUAUCAGGAUGGGAACUCCGGCUCUUACUUCUAGAGGAUUUGUUGAGAAUGAUUUCGCCAAGGUGGCCGAGUUCUUUGAUGCUGCAGUGAACAUAGCUCUAAAGAUCAAAGCGGAAACCAGAGGAUCAAAGUUGAAGGAUUUCCUGGCCACAAUGCAGUCUACUCCUUACUUCCAAACUGAGAUUGAAAAGCUGCGACAUGAUGUUGAGGAGUACGCAAAGCAGUUUCCUACAAUUGGUUUUGAAAAGGAAACCAUGAAAUACAAGAGCUGAUAAAGAUGUUGUCUGGGACGAAGCAGUAAAGAAAUGGUAGCCAAGAAAUUUAAGGGCCAUAUGUCAAGUAUGUAAAUUUUAAUUAUUUUGUAUCCUUGUUUUGCAGAUUUUGAUUGGGUCUGAGAUGUAUGUAUGAACAUUGAAGUUCUCUAAGAAAAUAAACUGACCUGGUUCCCGCAUCUUUCUUUCUAA